GGCAAAGUGUAAAAAUGGCGUCCAUCAUGGAGGGGCCGCUGAGCAAAUGGACUAACGUCAUGAAGGGAUGGCAGUACCGCUGGUUCGUGCUGGACUAUAACGCCGGGUUACUUUCAUACUACACCUCCAAGGACAAGAUGAUGCGUGGCUCCAGAAGAGGCUGUGUGCGACUUCGGGGAGCUGUGAUUGGAAUCGAUGACGAGGACGACAGCACUUUCACCAUUACAGUGGACCAGAAGACUUUCCAUUUUCAGGCCCGUGACGCAGACGAACGGGAGAAGUGGAUUCAUGCCUUAGAGGGGACGAUUCUCCGCCACACCCUUCAGCGGGAGGCAGAAACAGGAUUCGUUCCCAGCGUUCAGGACUUUGACAAGAAGCUAGCGGAGGCGGAUGCAUAUUUGCAGAUUUUGAUCGACCAGUUAAAACUCUUUGAUGAAAAGAUAAAAGACUGCAAGGAAGAUGAGUCACGCAGGAAAAUCGAGAACCUGAAGGACACGACUUGUAGUAUGGUUGAGUCCAUCAAACACUGUAUCGUACUACUACAGAUUGCCAAGGACCAAAGUAACGAACAGCAACACGCAAAUGGACUAAUAAGCACUAUAAACCCAGUGGAUGGGCUAUUUCAACCUACCCCUCUCAAUACCUCUGCAGUCAGUGCCAUGCCAACGCAGACCACUCUCCCCACAGAUGGAGCUCAGGUUUGUAAAACAGAACAGAGGCCUUCUUCUUUACCCAUGGGUCCUGUUGUCUCUGUGAUGGGCAGCCUUCAGACACCCACUCCCAACAGCACAGGGAGUGGUCCCUCAGCUCCUAGCAGCAGUGGAACAUCGCCCAGCCACAUGAACGUACCACCUCACACCAUUCCUGACUUCUCUUAUUCCAGUAGCGAAGAUGAGUUUUACGACGCAGAUGAGUUUUAUCAGAACAGCACCUCACCGAAACACUGUAUAGACCCGAACAGAACUGCUGCUGUGAACAGUGAAGACAGUACACCGCUAAAACGUCCAGACACCAACGAAUCCAUCAACUCCUCAAUGUCUAAUGGCACCACUGAUGCAGAUCAGUUUGACAGUCAUGAUGAGAAGGAUGACGAGGGAGAGGGCGAAUCUGUGGAAGAACACAAGAGUGUCAUCAUGCAUCUCCUGUCUCAAGUGCGACUGGGCAUGGAUCUUACCAAAGUUGUCUUGCCGACAUUCAUCUUGGAACGAAGGUCGUUACUAGAAAUGUAUGCUGACUUCUUUGCACACCCGGAUUUGUUUGUAAGUAUUGCUGAUCAGCAGGAUCCAAGGGACCGCAUGGUGCAGGUGGUAAAGUGGUACCUCUCUGCCUUUCACGCUGGUCGGAAAGGAUCUGUGGCCAAGAAGCCCUACAACCCCAUUUUGGGCGAGGUGUUCUUCUGUCACUGGGACCUGCCCUCUGAAUCCUCUGAGGAUUCUGCUUCUUCUGAGUCUGUAUCAGAGGGGCCAGUGCCAUGGAGUAGCAAGAACAGUGUGUCAUUUGUGGCAGAGCAGGUUUCUCACCACCCUCCCAUAUCUGCAUUUUAUGCAGAGUGUUUCAGCAAAAAAAUCCAGUUCAACGCCCACAUCUGGACAAAAUCGAAGUUCCUUGGAAUGUCAAUUGGUGUCCAUAAUAUUGGUCAAGGUUGCGUGUCUUGUCUUGAACAUGAUGAGCACUAUAUUCUUAAUUUUCCCAAUGGCUAUGGAAGGUCGAUCCUCACUGUUCCAUGGGUGGAGCUUGGUGGGGAGUGUAAUAUUUCCUGUUCCAAAUCUGGCUACAGUGCCAAUAUAGUUUUCCACACCAAACCUUUCUACGGAGGAAAGAAGCACAGGAUAACUGCUGAGAUUUUUGCCCCCAAUGAUAAGAAGUCAUUCUGCUCCAUUGAGGGAGAGUGGAAUGGAGUGAUGUAUGCAAAAUUGGCUACCGGGGAAAAUGCACUAUUCAUUGACACAAAGAAAAUGGGCAUUGUUAAGAAGAAAGUGCGGAAAUUGGAGGACCAGUUGGAGUAUGAAUCCAGAUGUCUGUGGAAGGACGUGACACUGAACCUGAAACUGAAGGACAUCGACGCGGCGACGGAGGCCAAACACAGGUUGGAGGAGAAACAGAGGGCGGAGGCCAGAGAGAGGAAGGAGAACGAAUUGCAAUGGGAAACAAGAUUGUUUCACGAGGACGGUGAGUGCUGGGUCUACGAUGAGCCUCUUCUGAAACGACUAGCAUCACAACGAUACUGAAGCAGUUUCCAAAAUCACAGAGUCUAGAAAAAGAACUCUUGCAAACCACUUUUCUUAUUCAGCCUGGGAAUGACUAAAUGAACCCUUAAAACUUUGCAUUUUGAAGUUUGAAUGAAUGACAACAAGAAUAUAUGAACUUAAAUCAACACAAUUAGAAAAAUCUCCCUGCUCGCUAGAUCAAAACUUCCACCUCUUUACCAUCCCUUGAGGAUUAAAAAACACCACAAAGACACAGAUGCGAUCAGAAGCCCUUUAGCAACAAAACAAACAAGCGCUCUUGUCUCAGCAGAGAAGAACGAUCCCAGGUGUCUCUUUCUCGCACUCCAGAGGGGUCGAGGUAUUUUUAUCGAACAAACUCUGAAAACUACAGCGUUCUGAAUCUCAGGGAAGCAGAGAACUGAGGAUUGAAGGCUGUAUUUCCUGAUGUUCAACAAGCCUUAAUGGUGGAACCACAAAAAAAUACAUGUAAAAUGAGAACUUUUCACAUACUGCUAGCUACAGCUAUUUAUAUAUAGAAGAUGAUAUAUUCUUGUUUUUCUUUUUCUCUAGGGCAAUAGUAACUGUUUGCAAAUACAUACUUGACACAACCAGUCCCUUUACGUUCCACUCGAUAAUCUCAGUUUUUCUGUUUGCUCACGUUUAUGGAAACUUUUCCACUGUUUCAUACAUGAAAUCUCACAUAGGGGGACCAACGGUGAACCCUAACAAUAAAAUGUACCAUUUACUUUUUAUGGUUGAAAAAUUUGAGACGACUUGUUGCCAUGGCUAAAGUCCAUUCCAGUGUCUGUUUAUUUUUUAUUUUUUAUUUUUUUUUGAAUGAUUUUUGAUAUCAUGCUCUGUAGAGCCUCAGGGAGGCUGUUUUUUAUAGAUUGCUGCUUGGUAUAUCCACAUUAUAAUUUAUCAACUCAGUAUAAAGUUGGACUGUCCAACGGGAAAUUGUAAUGGUGCACAAUAAACCAUUCAACAAAUCUGUGCUUAUCCCAAUGAGGUUAAGCUACGUUAACGCAAAUUGCCCUGCAAUCUUUCUUUCUGUGAAAUGUCACAUUUUAAUCCAAAUAAAUAUGUUUCAAAUAGUCAUGUAUUACAGAGAUUGGAUUCUCUUUUCCAUCCAUCCAUGAGACAUUCCUACCAAUUUCACCAUGGUGAAAAUCUGUGACAUUUUAAAGUUACUAUACUGCUUUUAAAGGCAAUAGAAUAGGUUACCAAUGUGUUAAAAAUUACUCAUAUGUGAGGAAUAAGAAAGCCUGGCUUGUUGCUGUGUUUACACUUAAAAACGUUGGAGUGUAUUAUCCUUGUUUUCAGAGUUGCAUUUAGGGUAAAACAGGCUAUGUAUAACAUACUAUUAUGUCUACAAAUGAAUCUGAAAUUGAGGCCUUGCCGUAUGCAGUGAAGUUCACCUUCGCCUAGUGUUGCUUUGCAAGAGCAAUACCAACAAACUUUUUGCCUGACAACGAUUGAUUGUACCAUCCAUGUAUCAGAAUAUAAUAUUAAAUCUCAGUGAGACCAAA